AUGCGGCGUUUAUCGGCAGUGGUUUUGGCGUUCGCCAUCGUUUUCCUCUGUCUGGCCAUCGCUCUACCCGAGUGGCAAUGUGGCGGGCUAUUCGACUCCUGUACUCGCGGGGGUGGCAGCAGCCGGACCCUCAUGAUUGCGGUGACUGCCCUCCUCAUCAUUGGAACAGCCCUUCUAGCAAUCGUCUUCAUCAUGGACCUGGUCAGUUUGUGCUCCACAGUCACCACAGCCGAUGAAAUCAUCGCCCGCUUCGUCAUGCUCUACAUCGGUGCCUCUCUCACGCUGGUCGCGGUGAUUGUCUAUACUGUGCAGACUCACCAGAAGUGGUCCUACUUCCUCGCUGUUGUCGGAACCAUCUUCGCAACUCAGGUGGCUAUUCUCGCCACCAUGAUGUCGCGUUGUAGGAGCCGCACUGUAGUUGUUCGCUGA